GGUGCUUGCAGCCACCCAGUUUGAGCCGACAGCUGCGCGAAUGGCCUUCCCGUGUUUUGAUGAACCAGCCUUCAAAGCCAGGUUUUCAAUAAAGAUUCGGAGGGAACCAAAGCACCUUGCACUGUCCAAUAUGCCAAUUGUGAAGUCUGUGGCUAUAAGUCCCUGGCUUGUUGAGGACAAUUUUGAUACCACUGUGAAGAUGAGUACAUACCUCGUGGCCUUUAUUGUUUCAGAUUUUAAAUCCAUCAGCAAAAUAACCCGUCAUGGAGUUAAGAUUUCCGUGUACACGGUGCCAGACAAGAUCAACCAAGCUGACUAUGCGUUAGAUGCAGCGGUGAAACUUUUAGACUUCUAUGAGGAUUAUUUCAGCAUUCCGUAUCCUCUACCUAAACAAGAUUUAGCAGCUAUUCCUGAUUUUCAGUCUGGUGCUAUGGAAAACUGGGGACUGACCACAUACCGGGAAUCUGCAUUGCUGUACGACCCUGAAAAGUCCUCAGCAUCUUCCAAACUUUGGACUACUAUGGUGAUAGCCCAUGAGCUGGCUCAUCAGUGGUUUGGCAACCUCGUUACCAUGGAGUGGUGGAAUGAUCUGUGGUUAAAUGAAGGAUUUGCAAAGUUCAUGGAGUUUGUGUCAGUCAGUGUUACCCAUGCUGAACUGAGAGUUGAAGAUUAUGUCUUAAGGAGAUGUUUUGAUGCCAUGGCAGUGGAUGCAUUAAAUUCAUCACAUCCUAUAUCUAAUCCUGUGGAACAUCCAGCUCAAAUUUUAGAAAUGUUUGAUAAUGUUUCUUAUGAGAAGGGAUCUUGUUUAUUAAAUAUGCUGAGGGACUACCUGACUGCUGAUGUGUUUAAAGCUGGAGUUGUGCAGUACCUGCAGAAAUACAGCUAUCAGAAUACAAAAAAUGAAGAUUUGUGGAACAGCAUCACAAAUAUUUGCCCUACAGUCACUGACAAAAGUGACCUACAAGGUGAUGGUUUUUGCAGAAGAAGCCAACAGUCAUCUUCAAAUGCACACUGGACUAACAGAAAGACUCUUGAUGUGAGAGCAAUGAUGGACACUUGGACACUGCAGAAAGGUUUUCCCGUGGUAACUGUCACAGUGAGAGGGAAGAACAUCCACCUGCAGCAGGAGCGCUACGUGAAGGGAGUAGAUUCUUCUUCAUCCACAGG